CCUAAUGCUGUCAGAACCGGGCGCAUGCGCAGUGUGGUGAUGGGAAUUUCCAACAGCUGAGGAGGCGUAGCUAGCCACGGCUAGCACUUGUUAAAGCUUAGAGACGGCUCAGAAGAAUCACACAAUCAAGAAUGUCUUCCUGAUGAACGACCUUGAACUCUGCAUAUGCUGAAACCAAGGGAUGGAAUAGAUAUAACUGUGCAUGAACAGCGCAUGACGAAAACACUCCUCCUUACCACAACAUAGGCCUUUUUGUAUGUAAACAAGUCAGGCUUUGAGACAAUACCAUAGAUGCCCAUAAGAAUGCUAUCAUGCAGGCUGCAGCCUAGCUACGCCAACUAAAAGACCCAGACAAUUACAUCUCUUGUUUAAAGGAUGUGCUGCUGAUUGGAUGCAAAGUCUCAUUCCUCUUCCACCUCUCCAAAACAUAAUUAAGUUUGAGUGUGUGCCAGUGUGUACAGUGAAUUAUGGUGAUCAAAAAUGAUGCUUGAAUGUGGCAUCCUGGUGCAGGGCAUGCUAAAAGGGGUGAGGCAUAAGUAUAAAGUGUAACAGCUGACUGAGAGUCUGCUGUCGAUAAUGGAUGCCAAGUUAAAAGAGGACCUGUUUCGGAGGUAUGUGACAGCACUGGAGAGGCGUCUAGAGGAGGAAUACACAUGGAUUGGAACUGCACCAGAGGGGGACAGAGGGAGACACAAGGACAGUGAGGCUCUACUCUCCACAGCCACAGCUCUGCUAGGGGCCUACCAGCCAGAUCCAGGUCAACGUUUCCGUAUGGUGCGUUUCUAUGAAGUGGUGGAGAGUUCUCUCCGCUGCCAGAGAGGGGGCAACAUCAAGAGCCUGGAGAGAGCCUUCCACACGUUGGAAACCAUCUGCACCAACCUCUUGCUCUUCCCCUGGAAGAAGGAGUUCAGAUGUAUAAAGACCUUCACUGGCCCAUACGUGUACUACCUGCAGUCUGCCAUUACUGAUUCUGAACUCCGAACUCUAAUGCGCACCAUCGGCUACGCCUGUGACCAUGAUUCGCAGUUCCUUUUGCAGGAACACCCGGGAGGUGCAAAUCACCUCCGCCAGUUGGCGUUUGAGCUCUUCCUGGCCCAGGCAGAGUGUCGUCUUCUGGGAGAGGUAGUGGCUCUGGCCCGUGGUUCAGCCUCAGAGCUGGAGGCCCUGGAACUCCGCAGAGGUUGCAGAGAUGAUGCAGCUGGUUGUGCCGAGGCGCUCCGCAGACGCGACAGCCUCGGGGCAGAUAUGGCCCGGCUGUCUGUGCGUCCGCUGGAUAUAGAGAGGCCUCAUGCCCACCACCUGAGGCGAGGCAGCCGACCGUCAAAGUCUGUGGAUGUUACAGAUGGGGCUGGUCACUGGCACGCAGCAGUUAGCAAGCCUGUGUUGAAGGCCUCUUUGAGUCUGAGAAAGGAGCCUCUGUUUGUGGAUGCAGAGGAGGAUAUGAAGGAUGAGAUCCUUAGGCCCAGCACCUCAGCAUCACUCUUCUCUGUGGCAGCUCCACCUUCCUAUAGCCCCGUGGCGGAUUUCUUCCCUAUUCAGUCACCUCCCCCGGCUGAUGCUUACACAUCCUACCACCUGUCCUCUUUGGAUGAGAUUGACUUGUACACAGAGAGAGGUGUUGCUGGGACAGGAGGAAGGCAGACGCCCUCUCGACCUCCAUCCAGAGAGCCACGGGAGGCAAGGGAUGGGUGGCUCCUCAAGGCACAUGGUGGUGUGAAGUGUCAGGGUUGUGGGCUGGGCUGCUCCACUAUGGCCUCCUGCCAGAGGUGUGACAUGAUCCUCUGUUCUGCCUGUCAUGAUGUAGACCCCUCCCCCUGCUGUGGCCUCCAGGACUACCACCCCAAAUCCCCACGACCCCUCGACGGAUACAUUCCUGUUAAGGAAAAGCUCUCUGUCUACUCUAAUACUCACUCCCACCUCCAUCCGCACCCUCUGACACUGACCCACUCACACUCUCACCCCCAUCCUCACCCGCAGAUAGUGGAGAAACCCCUAAUGUCCACCAAGCUGUUUCCAAGCAAGUCUGUUGCCUUGACAACGCCAAAGGGAGGCAGCAGUGAGCGAAUAACCUUGGGGGGAUCGCGGUGCGGGUUUUGCAACAAGCCAGGUGCAUCGCACACCUGUGUGAACUGCUCUAAAGUGUCAUGUGACUCGUGCAUGGGCUUGUAUGCAAAAGAUAUCUGCACGCGGAAGAAUCCCCAGCACAGCUUUGUGCCCAACCAUCAGCUCAACUUCAAAUCUGGCACCAUAUCUCACCUCGUAUACCGAUGAAUCAGGCAGAUAGAAUAUUUGUAUCACCCUUCUAGUCCUCUCCCAAAACCCAUGGCGUAGUCUUGCACUAUUGCUUUAGCUCUGUUCCUGUUUAAACAACUAAUUCACAAUCUUCCCCUUUAUCUGAUUGUCCUUUUACUCGCUCUAACCCUCUCUUGAACUUUGUACAUUUUCUCUUACUGUUAGUAGGGCCCUGGAAUGCCACAGAGAGCCAUAUCGUUUUGCCCAUCUCUCUGCCUUGUACAAGUUCAGGCCUUUUUAUCUAUUUCUUCUUCUUUUUACCUUGCUACCUGCUCUUGAGUAGUCAUGUGAUGUUGUAGCGCUUCCCAAAUUUCUCAAAUUUUGUCCUCCUCAAAUGGGAAACUGGAGAAAAGAAAAUUCCUUCUCAUUUUGAAUGAAUUCCGUCCAAAUGAACAUAUACUUUGCCUAACUUCUCAGCUAAAAAUCCUCUAAUAUAUAUAUAUAUAUAUAUAUAUAUAUAUAUAUAUAUAUAUAUAUAUACAGUGUAUAUAUGUGUGUGUGUGUGUGUGUGUGGAGAAAAGACCUCAGAGCUUGCAUUGUGGCAAAGAAGAUUUUUUUUUUUUCAGUAGAGAAAAACAGAGAACACAUACACUGGAAGUCAAUAGUAUAUAUUUUUAAUCUCUAUUCUCUAGAACAAUGUGAGACUGUUAAAUGGGCAUGAGGUCUGUCAUUGGGAUUUUUGGGGUAUAAAGUUAUGUCUGUGGGCGUGGGGUGGGAGAUAUCUCAAAGGGACAUAUUGAGACAAUGGUCAGAUGCCAUAUAUUCCAUUUAAAAGAUUAUGCCUUGUAAAUUAACCCUCAAUUGUUUGUGGUUAUAUGACUGAGGUUGAAAUGCUGCUGUUGACUUGAGAUAUUGAAGAUGUGUGGCGUUGACUUCUUUCUGGUAAAUAGCUUGUAGAGUUGUGCCCACCCCCCCUUCCCUCAUUACACUCCUUACACUCCUUACACUCCUUACACUCCUUAAGCCUCCAUGGUCCAUGAUGUUGCCCUUACCAGAUCAGUGGUUCCCUGUCAGUCUCAGGUGGAGUCAUAGGAAGUCUCACGCUGAACCCUAAAUCAAGAUUAUGGUUGUUUGACAGUGCGUGAGCCUGUUGUUUGGUUUUAGACAGCAUGAAAAUGUGUACUCUUGACACAGUUUCUGUCUACCUCAAAUGGCUUCAGCUUGUACAGUUUGACAUUGUGGUUUCAAACUAGCCCUGAAAAACCUAAGAAAUACUCUUAUUUAUUAUUCUGUGUUUUAGCUGAAUAGAGACAUCUGCUCUUACAAUCAGCUGAUUUAGUCACUUAAAAGUUAGCAGAGGUUAUUUAUUUGCCCUGGGCUUUCUCAUCUGAAUGACGUAGCACAAGUCUUUUUGUCUUGUGACUGUAUAUACAGGGGGUGGACACAAAACCUGAACACCUGUAAAUUAUAAUGCAAAUCAAUACUAUAGCCCUGCGACAAUUACUACCUUUGUAAAGUUUAAACUGCUCUGUUUGGUUGAAACUGUGCUGAUUUAGGUUUGUCAUUUUUGAGCCUGAAUUUUUUGGUAGUGCACUGGAUUGCUGUGUACUGUAAGUUGUUUUUGUUUUUUUUCCCCAUUUACAAAAGAUAGAAACCACUUGUAUCUUCAGUACAACAUUUUAGCUUUGCAAAUGUAGUCUUUAUCACUUUAUACAUUAUUGGAUUAUACAUUACAGGGAUUGAUGUUGUGUCCACACAAUGAUUACCAAUGUAUAGUCAUUUAAGUUUGAUGGUGCAGUUAUAUUAAGACAUAUUUGAAGACCCUGAAAACCCUCUCCAAGGUCUUUGAUUUUGGGUAAUUUGGUGCAUUUGCUGUGGAAGUUUCAUUAAACUCAUGUAUUGGUAUACUUCAAAGGGCUGGGGGCCAUCCCAGGUAAAUAAACUCUGCUAACAUAAA